CCACUACAAAUACAUCAUGAUGAUGAUCACUCGUCUCCCACAUUCGAGCUGUUUCUUCCUUCAGUUUCAGAGAUGGUUUCAUCUUCUCCUCCCCUUCCUCAAAAGCAAGUUGGACCAGACGGGGAAUGGACGGACCAAGGUCCACCUCGGCGGGCCAAAUGGUGGUACUCAACUUUUCAUACUGUCACAGCCAUGAUUGGUGCUGGAGUUCUCAGCUUGCCUUAUGCCAUGGCUUAUUUAGGAUGGGGCCCAGGGGCAAUGGUUCUGGUCGUAUCUUGGUGCAUCACCUUGAACACAAUGUGGCGGAUGAUACAACUCCAUGAAUGCGUUCCUGGGAUGCGCUUUGAUCGCUACAUUGACCUUGGUCGAUACGCUUUCGGGCCAAAACUGGGGCCAUGGAUUGUGCUGCCUCAGCAGCUAAUUGUACAGGUUGGGUGUGAUAUCGUGUACAUGGUCACUGGUGGGAAGUGUCUCAAGAAGUUCAUGGAAAUCGCCUGCAGCAACUGCACCAGACUCAGGCAAUCCUACUGGAUUUGCAUAUUUGGCUCCAUCCAUUUCGUCCUGUCUCAGCUCCCCAAUUUUAAUUCUGUUGCUGGGGUUUCAUUAGCGGCUGCCAUAAUGUCACUAUGUUAUUCAACUAUAGCCUGGGUGGGUUGCUUGAGUAAAGGUCAAAUCGAGAACGUGAACUAUGGAUACAAGUACACAAGCCCAAGCGAUUACAUGUUCCGGGUUUUCAAUGCAUUGGGUCAAAUCACGUUUGCAUUUGCUGGCCAUGCAGUGGCCUUAGAAAUUCAGGCCACGAUUCCGUCAACUCCUGAGAAACCUUCAAGGAUACCCAUGUGGAAAGGUGCAAUCGGGGCCUAUUUUAUCAACGCAAUUUGCUAUUUUCCGGUAGCUUUUGUUGGAUACUGGGCAUUUGGGCAAGAUGUUGAUGACAAUGUGCUGAUGGCACUCAAGAGACCUGGAUGGCUCAUUGCUUCUGCCAAUUUAAUGGUGGUCAUCCAUGUCAUUGGCAGCUACCAAGUUUAUGCAAUGCCGGUGUUUGCCUUGCUGGAAAAGAUGAUGGUCAAGAGAUUGAACUUCCCACAAGGAAUUGCUCUGAGACUCAUCGCUAGAUCUGCUUAUGUUGCUUUUACACUCUUCGUCGGAGUCACCUUCCCUUUCUUUGGAGAUCUUCUUGGUUUCUUUGGAGGAUUCGGUUUUGCUCCCACUUCAUAUUUUCUUCCUAGUAUUAUAUGGCUUGUACUGAAGAAGCCAAGGAUGUUCAGCAUUUCAUGGCUAAUCAAUUGGGCAAGCAUAUUCAUCGGAGUAUUCAUAAUGUUGGCGUCGACAAUUGGUGGUUUGCGAAAUAUUAUUAUCGAUGCCUCCACAUAUAGUUUCUACUCAUGAAGAACGGUAGUUCAUGUGAUCAAAUAUUGGAAAACAAUAUUAUAUGGUUUAUAAAGUGGUUGGGUGGAGUAAUUUCCAGUGGGAUGAAGCCAUUUCCAACCAUUUGUGGUUCUUGCAAAAGCUGGUUAAUUAAGUCCAACAUGCUACAAUAAUCAGUCCAAUCAAAAGUUCCAUUUCAUUUGGUUUUCAACA